UCAUUAAAGAGGUAGCAAUGAUACCACCCAUAGUGGUGCCAGAUGCAGCGGCGGAGGGCGAACGGACUGAACUGCUGGGAUCAGUGACCACCGUGCAGCAGCAGCGUAUCAGCGCCAGAGUCAUCAAGAAACUGAGACUCGAACCGCCCGCAGAUAAAAGAGAAAUUUCAGAAUGUGAAACACCAAACAAAGACGUCGAUAAAGAGCCACCGCCCUUCCCUACCGUGAAGCAACGUAUGCCCAAAGCGCUCUGGUCCGCGGAUGAAAAGAGCCUGUUCUUUGAAGCCCUGAACGAGUAUGGCAAAGACUUCGAUGCGAUCACCUCGUACAUCCGCGCCAAAAUGAAGAAGAAGGGAAUGCCGGACGCCAACCUCAAGACUAAGACACAAGUCAGCCAUUUCUACUAUAGGACCUGGCACAAGCUCUCCAAGCAUGUACAAUUUGAUGAGAACGUAAAGAAAGUGGCCCAAGAGCUGUACGCACUAAUAAACUACGGCGAGCUGCGUCGCAAGCUGACGUCGGUGAACGAGAAGACGUGCGCGCGGCUGGGGGAGAUGGUGCGCGGCGGCAGCAUGGCGGUGCGCGCGCGCGGUCGCACGCUGCGGGUGCGCACGCCCAUGUGUCGCGCCCUGCGCAGGCUCAACCACAUCGCAGAGCGUGCGUGCGGUGCGCGCGUGUGUUCGCGUGCGACAGUGUGGCUGCGCGCGCGGUGCGCGGCGGGCUGGGCGCGCGUGCAGGCGGCCGCGCACAACCCGCGCGCCGUCGCCACGCUGCCGCUGCGCACGCGCCUGCACGCGCUGCUCCGUGCGCUGCACAAACGGUGGCGACUUGCCGAUCACAAAGAAGACGGUAUAUCUGAGAACGGCGUAAUUAAAUUACCAGAGGAUAUAAGCAAGGAAGAGGACGAUGCGGACCGUAUACCGUUUGGUGAUGUUAAACACGAAGAUCUGGAGAGUCACCUCAACUUACAGACUGACAGAAUUAUUGUACAAGAACAUCAGCGUGAAAAGAAACUAGCACUCCAUGUGGGCCCUCGGCCAGGCGCUGAGAUCCACCUGCCUGUAGUCAGUCCCAGCGAGAGUCUAUCGAGCCAGAAGAUCUGCUUCUCCUCUUACCUAGAGCGCAUGGGCACAUUGAUGCAGGACAAAGAUGGUACUGCAAAAAUAAGAACUCCGAAACGUCAACGAAAAGACAGCGUUUCAGAGAAAGAAAUAGAUAACAAAAAGAUCAAAGCGGAGGAGAUUGAGCAGAAAAUUGUACACAUUGACGAAACGGCUAUAGACGGUAUCGAGCUGAUGGCCAAUUAUAAAACCAUCAAGCAACCUGAAGAAGAAGAAAAGGCAAACAUAGAAGAUGAUAAAGAAGUUAAAUCUGAGGAGACGGCCGAAGAAGAAGAAAAAGAACCAGAGAGGGACAAAGAUAUGUCUGAAAGGGAAAAGGAUAGUUUUUCUGAGAUGGAAGAUGACGAGAAAUUUAACAAAAGUGACACGGAUAAUGAAAGUGAUGGUAAAAAUGAUAAAAGCGGGAAAGGGAGGAAAUUUAAAAACUUAAAGGUAAAAUUCCGUAUUCGUCCAAAGAAACGUGGCGGUAGAGUGUACACUCUCGUGCUAGGUAAAGAGAACGAAGAGGCAAAGAACGAACAAGAUCAACAGAAGACAGAAGAAGAACAGAAGACAGACGUGGAUGUGGAGACAGCUAUAAAGCAGAUUCGAACUGGUUGGAGUAUUUACGAUGCCGGGGAUUUGACUAUAGGUGAUUUGUAUCUUAUGUUCGGUUCCCGGUCCAGAUUAGAACUGGACUACUGGUGGGCGGAACCUACCCCUCCAUUGCCUCAACCAUUACAGAAAUCACAAAAGCAUGCAGAUACGGAAAUAAUAACAGUCAAUUCGGACAAGGACAAACAUACAGUCAAGAAAGAGAAAGGAGUUGAGAUAGAAGAUGAGAAAGAGAAGGCGAGAGAAAGUGACACAGAUAUAUUCUCGCCGAAGCACACAUUCAGUCAGGACAGCAACGAUGGCAUGUCAGGAGAUGAGAGGAAAAAUGAGCAACAAGCGUCCCCGGAGCACAAGUCUGCGGGCGCGGCCUCAACACUCAAGCUACUCUCAAAACUGAUCAACCGGCCGCAGCAUCCGCAACAUUCGCAACACGACGGCUUUGCUCUCAUGAGUGACCGUUUGAAGCGUCUGUUAGCGCUGGCGGGCAACCCGCUGGCCAACACGGCCGCCCCGCGCUGCGCAUGCGGCCACGUGUGUGCGCAGGCACAACGGAAACAGAAGACUGCGACGGGCAACACGAAUACGGCGGUGUCUGCGACCAGCACUCCCGUCUUCCGACAGCCCACACCCAUCGCGCCACGUCCUGCACCUCACACUGACACUGAUGCUCGUCGUCCUGUGAACCUGGAGGGUCUACCGCGCUGGAGACGCGGAAGACCGCGUGGUCCGGCGCGCCGCGUCGUCGUGCAGCGUCUGCUGCCACUGCUGCCCAAGCUGCCUCAACCCAGCAAUCUCAUCCCGAUGAACAUUGUACCCAAUUCUCCGCCGGCGCCACCCAAAAUACUGCCCAAGCCACCCCCCACAUCUACAUCUGAUCUCUCAUUCUUCUACGUGCUGAGUGAGUCCAAUGGACAGUUCUUCUUCCACGACGGUGAUAGACGCAUUCCCAUCACUCCGCUGCCAGGAAACGGUGCUGAUGACCACGAACAGGAAGAUGAAGAUAUAAAAGAAACUGAUGAUGUCAAAGAAUAUAAGAUAGAUGUAACAGAAACUGAAGUCUCCAAACCUCUGGACCCUCACACUGAGAAACAUGUCACCACAACCAACGAGGAUCACCAGAAUCAAGAUAAUAUGAAGAAUACUGACAUCGCUCACUUUCUGCCAUCGGAGUCCAUGUCUUUGUCACCGUCGCGACUUCUGCACGCCGAUGGUUGGAUGGAGGGCGCCGUUCAGGACUUCUCUCUCAGCAGCUUCCUAGGACAUCUGGAGGGUGACGAGCCACACCCACCACCUGUGGACUCUCAGAUACAGUCGCUUAUGGCGGAAUCCAGUAUGGACUAUGUGGCGAAAUUCGCGGACCUGGCGGCAGAGGUCACAGAUGAGCCUGUACCUUAAGCGAUGCUAAUUUAAACUUUAUUGUAUUCAGUUAAGGCUCAAAACUCAGUUGCCAUUUAUCGCUAACGUGGUCAUGCUAAUUUGGACUUUAUAUUUAAGAUGAAAUGAAAAUUAUGUCGGUCACAUUCAUAACUUUGUUUAAUA